UGCGUAGGUGGUGCGCGAGAGUGCGUCUGUGCGUGCGUUUGUACUCGCCUACUGUGAUCUGCGUUAUGGCUUCGCGUGAGGGCUUCCGACGUCUACUCUAACUCCUGGGGAUCAUGCCAGCUAAUCUGUAACGCGGAAGAACCUCGUCGUCUCUUCAAGCAGUCGGAAGCUCUGAAAAGCCUCGAUGCAUCCGUGAUCCGGAGCGUAGAGCGGCAGUCAGUUGUAAAAUGGCGGAUCAGCAACGCGGGAUUCCACGGAUAAAUCCCCCCCGCGAUAUCCAUGGUCGUUCUUCUCAGAGAGAGCAGCUGAGGCUCACUUUCGGGAACGGUUCCAAGAAACACCUGGGCAAUGCCAGCAAGCUGCCGUCCAGUAUACCGGGAUUUAACUACCCCGUGCGAACUGAGCGAGUAUGGCUACCACCGAAAAUUCACUCAUCCGGAAAGCUCAAGAUCUCUCCUGAAGAGGAGUACGAUUUCACGGCCGAUGAUCUGAUGGACCUCGGUGAGAUUGGCCGAGGUGCAUUCGGCACCGUCAACAAGAUGGUCCACCAGAAAAGCAAGCUGGAAAUGGCCGUCAAGCGCAUUCGUUCCACGGUUGAUGAGAAGGAGCAGAAGCAGCUGCUGAUGGAUCUCGAGGUUGUGAUGAAAAGCAAUGACUGCCCCUACAUUGUCCAGUUCUAUGGGGCCAUCUUCAAGGAGGGUGAUUGCUGGAUCUGCAUGGAGAUAAUGGACACGUCACUGGAUAAGUUCUACAAGUUUGUCUACGAAAAACAGCACCAGCGCAUACCCGAAGCCAUUCUGGGAAAGAUCACAGUUGCUACUGUGAAAGCCCUGAAUUACCUCAAGGAUAAGCUGAACAUCAUCCACAGAGAUGUAAAGCCAAGUAACAUUUUGCUGGACCGGCGAGGCAACAUCAAGCUCUGUGACUUUGGCAUCAGCGGCCAGCUGGUGGACUCCAUUGCCAAAACACGAGAUGCUGGCUGUCGGCCGUACAUGGCGCCUGAGCGCAUAGAUCCUUCCAGUGCCAUUGGAUACGACGUCCGGUCUGAUGUAUGGAGCCUAGGAAUAACCUUGAUUGAGGUGGCCACGGGGCGGUUCCCGUACCCAAAGUGGAACAGCGUCUUCGAGCAGCUGACCCAAGUUGUGCAGGGGGACCCGCCGCAGCUUAGCCCUAACGAGAACGGAAACUGCUUCACCGCCGAGUUCGUCGACUUCGUCAACACCUGUCUCACCAAGACUGCUCACACACGUCCCAAGUACAAGCAGCUUCUGGAUCACGAUUUCAUCAGGCGUGCCGAGAGGGACACAGUGGAUGUUGCGUUCUACAUCAGCAGCAUCUUCGGCAAAAUGAAUGGCAUGUCUCCCUGAUGCCAGAUCCCCGAGGGCUUCCCAAACACUCUUCACAAACUGCUGACGCGGUUUUUUCCCCGCGCGCGUGCAGCCGAUGCUGAAUGUCACCAACCAACAACCAGGGUUGCCAAAGGGCCGGCUCUUUCUCUUGUUCAGUAUAAUAGCCUGUUGUGAUGAUGAUACCCACGUAGGUAUGGCUCCAGUGUUGCCAGUCAUGGAACUUCUCUCUCGGCUAAUGUGGAGCUCUGCUAAGCUGAGUGGUGUGGUGGAUGUACAUGUGUAUGGUAAGAGCACUGACUUUCAGUUGCUUGAAAGCUGUUGUCAAAACAAAGCAAGAGACUAUGGCUAGUGGAUGUGCUGUAUCUGGAAUGCAACUGCAGUCUGGGACACAUCUUAACCGUGAAAUAGCACUAGCAUGCAGCAUAUUGAAAGUUAUCUGGAGUGUUCGUGAAUUGUCCUGUACAUUUUUGGAGUUGGCAUCUGUUGCCGUGGGCUAUAAAUGUGCUUGGUUGCCGUGAAAACUGCCUACAGAACAGCUGUCUUUUCAGUACUCGUUGCUAGGUGCUCUCCGACUACGCCGCAGAACCGAAUUCCUUCUCCAAAAUGUUUAUUAUGCUCUCUGAAAUGUUAUUACACUCUUUCAUUGCCUUCCUGUCGUGUCUUUUGGAACUGCGUUCUUUAGGUCGCCACUUCUGUUGCACAUCUGGAUAGAAGUGCAUAACAAAAGCUACAGUGGUGUUAUCUGAAUAACCUUAAAAGAACAUUUAGCCCGUGCCAUUGUCUAGUUGGCUUGCCGGGAUGUUUUGUGGCUCUCGGGCAGAAAGUCUGUGGCACACGAUUGUGGCUAAUCUUUUUGCCUAGCCGUGGCUGGACGAGAGGGAAGACGUGAUACGUGCAAUUAAACGGCCUGAAUUUCAGGGUUAGUUCUGACCGGCCAUUGUAGACAGGUCGUGGCACUGUCAGCCCAGCUAUUUCGUUUGAAACGACUAGACUGGGCGAUUUCACCGCACACGGUUAAAUGAGUGAUGUUUGUGUGUACUGGUUAGCUUUACCUUUAUCGUUGACAUCUGAAAGGAAUAAGGGGUGCUGCUGGAUGCCCCCCCGCUUCUCAUUAUAUUCUUGGGCUCGUGGGUCUGAAUAGCAAUAGUGGUUUGUUAGGAAUCUUUGACUAACGAAAGUUUGGCAGCAACAUUUAAGCACAUAGUAUAAGAGCACUGUGCAAACCUUGCACCUGACUCGUCCGCUGUACUUUUAUUGGCUAAUAUUUGAUGCAUUAUUGGUAUUCGUGGGCUUGUGACGUGUCCACUCUAGUCCAGCAGCACAGACUGCUGAGCCAGUUCGCUAUCCAUGAGCAAGCACUUAAAGGGUAUAACACAAAAAAAGACAAACACAGAAAAGAGAAGUGCCUGUCCGUUGUCUGUUUCCCUUUUCUGUGUUCGUAGUCUUUUUUUUAGCACAAUACUCUUUUAGUGUUCACUGUAGUUCCACCGUGGCUUGACAAACCAGGCAAACAAAUAUGCCGAGUGCUUUACUGAACUACUUCAUUAGUUUUUGCUGCAAAAUGUGGGUGAGAAUAAACCACCAGUGAGCAUUAAAUCUAGUUUAAUGGCUGUCAGAAUAAAAAUAUGAAUCACUCUGUCUUGUUCAUGCAAGACUAAAUAAGCAUGGUGUAACGGAGAAUGAAAGAGCGUUUCAGUGUUUUAAUGACGCUUGCAAGGUACUAGAACACAGCUUUGUAAAUAUGCCAACCAGUGAUUGGUUUAACGGAACAGUCUGUUGCUACACGAGAGGGAUAGCCAAGCUUCAUGACUGGCAAGACCUGGAGCGACGAGGUUUUGCGAGAACUCUAAACUUCGGUGCCGCACUCCUCUCAGUAAAGUUCCUUGACACUAGUUUCAGCUACUGAGACAGCAGCUGAGAGCAUUUGUAUGCAGCUGCUUGGAGGUCCACACCAAGUGCUGAUGUGGGUGCAUUGAAUAUGCUCCAGCGUGUUGCUGCAUACCAGAUGAGGCCGUUCUCUUGUCUCGGUGCUUAUAAGUUCUUGAUGAGGGUUCAAACACAAGUCUUUCAUUUCUAUAUUUCUGUUUUUCUUAUUAAGGACUGUCUUAUUUUUUAAACCCUUUGUAAGUGAGUGAGUGAAUAGCACAGCUAUUACUGUUGUGGUAAGUGCAGUGUGGGUGAUGCCCACUUAUGCACAUCUUUGGAUGAUUUUUUUUUUCUGUAAUUCAUUUACACAAGUUAACUGUGUGCCACUUCACUUAAUAGGGGGCACUGACCAGUUUUGCUGAUUUUUGGCGUGAUUUGUUGGAUGGAUACUGAAUGUUCAAUCUGUUGCUGACAUUGUGAGGCAGUGAUAAGUGGCUUUGCUCAGACCUUCUCUUUUUUAAGUACAGUAUUCUAUAGUUCAACUAAGCCAGUGAAUGGGUUGCUGUCCCGCCUCCGAUUCCAAGCAAGCUGCUGGAAUUUUGCCACCCGGUCUACAAAAUACAAAGUGCGGCCAUUAUGUACAUAUUGUACAUAGACACACUCUUAAUAGCUUUCCAGGCUUUUCACAUCCUGUGAGAUUUUACAGAGCUAAUGACCCUUCAUCCUCCUGUUUCAGUCCGUCUUGAUUUUAUGGAUUAGGGUUAGAACACAUGCCCUUAGAUUUUCAGACAGUCUUAGCACUUUGGACGUAUUUGGAGAAACAGUGUAAUCAUUGCUUAAUGUUCACAGGCACACCCCAACGUUUGCUGUUUCAAGGUGCAUUCACUUCUAUUCUCGUUCUUGACGAGAGGAAAACAAACCUGCAUUCUCAUUGGCCAAGAACCUUAAAUGAAAAAUAAUUUUAAAUCUACAAUUUCCUGUGGAGAAUGACUUCAUCUCCAUCUAAUAUUGUUGAAACAUGUGAACAAUUUGAACAAUGUAAAGAUGGUCAUAUGGUUUGUGUCCACAUUGCAGCUAUUCUAAAAUUUUGGUGAGCAAGCAAAGUAAUCAGUCUCAUUAACUGACCAUGUUUUUGAAGUCUCCUUGUUGAAGCUAAACAGCAUAUAUUUAGCAAUGUUCACGAAUUCAGGAGGGGUAUGCAGCAAUACGAAAGUCACCGGGAAAGUCACCAUGAUCUAAAAAAAAGAAGAACAGUCCUGUUUGCUGCAUCCAAAGGUGUUUCAAUAGAAUGUAUAUCAACGCUGAUGGCAGGAUAAUGCUUGCUAAUCAGAAAGCUGUACCAGCAAUACCUGCAGCAGGCUAGCUGUGCUCUUUCAGAGCCAUUAGGGUGGCAACCUUCCAGAAUAUUUGGCAUAAUAGACGCCUCUUCCACCAUUCACAGUGCUUGUGGUGUUAAGGGACUGCAUAAUGGACUGUAUGUUACUCAAGAAGAGCCUUGCCAUGUUGCACUGUGACCAAUCCUUGCCUACAAGCUGUGCUUGCUUACUCACAGUCACAGCCUAAGCUAUGGAUGUAACAUCCACUCUAGGCAGACUCAUCUGGGACACUUUAUCCUGUGCACCACUUCUUAUUAGCAUGUAGCUCUCACAACCACAUGCAAAGUAUGCCUGCAGAACUAUUCACUGGGAGAAAUGGUGUUCGUGUCGUCCUUAGGCAAGACUACCACCGCUGGCUCCCUUUUUCAAGCUCAUAUGGUGAUGUUUUGUUUGACUGCAAACAUGUUUUAUGAAAGAACUGCAAAAAUAAAGGAAAGAUCUAGU